UGAAUAGGGUGGCUCGAGUUUGUUUAGCUAAAGGUAUUGGGUGACUUCUGUGAUCACGGUGGAAAUGCUGCUGUAAGCCCUUCAGGAGAAGAUGGAGAAAACAUGGACAUUCCGGGCCAUCUAUUCCAUCAUCCAGAUACAUGUUGUCAGGGGGAUAUGGGAAGGAAAAUUCAACGCAGGAGAAGACAUUUAUGCUUUACCUGGCUCUGAUGUCAAUCUGACCUGCCAAACACGGAAGGAAGGCAUCUUGGUGCAAAUGCAAUGGUCCAAGGUCACCAAAAAGGUGGACCUCAUUGCCCUUUAUCACCCCCAACAAUAUGGCUUCUACUGUGCCAAUGGGGUUCCCUGUAAGUCACUGGUGACUUUCACAGAAACUCCUGGGAAUGUGUCAACAUGGACUCUGCACUUAAGGAACAUGUCCUCCUCACUCAGUGGGAAGUAUGAGUGCAGUUUUAUUUUUUACCCAAAAGGCAGUCAGACUAAAAUCUACAACCUUCUCAUUCAGAAAAAUGUUAUACAGGAAGAAUGGAGAAGCAACAAUACAAUAGAAAUAGAGAUAAAUCAGACUCUGAAAAUACCAUGCCUACAAAAUAUGUCCUCUGAAAUUUCAUCUGAGUUCACCUUCACAUGGUUGGUGGAAGACAAUGGAACUCAGGAGACACUUUUCAACCAGAAUCACCCCAUCAGCAAUGCCACGGCAUUUAAAGACAGAGUCAAGCUAGGUGCAGACUAUGGGCUUUCCCUCUCUCCAGUCCAAAUCCACGACGAUGACCGGAAGUUCUCUUGCCACGUUACAGUCAGGCCUGGCACAAUCUUGAGGAGCUCCACCAGGGUCAAGGUCUUCGCUAAGCCAGAAAUCCCCGUGAUUAUGGAAAAUAACUCCAUGGAUGUCUUGGGAGAGAGAACAUUUACCUGCUCACUGAGGAAUGUAUUUCCUUCAGCAAAUCUCAUGUGGUUUAUAGAGAGAAGUUUUCCUCAAAGUGAAAGAGAAGAAAUAUACAUUACAAAUGAAGAGAGAAAAGACAAAAGUGGAUUUUUGAACGUAAAGUCUGUUUUCACAAGGGUGUAUGGCAAUGAACCAGCCCAAUCGAACAACCUGACCAUAUGGUGUAUGGCUCAGACUCCAGUGCCUGGAAAUAAAGUAUGGAAUAUCUCAUCUGAAAAGAUCACUAUUUUCUUGGACUCAGUAACCCCUCCGACAGAUCCUGCACUUGGUAUUACAGAAUCUACCUUUGGCACCCAACCUUCUCCGGCCAACAACAGAUCUCCCACAGGAUAUCUAGCUACAUCUUCAAUGGCUCCUGUAGAUGUGAGCACACUGACUCCAAACAACACGCCUCAAACAAGCAAUUCCAGUGUGACUACCCAAGGCUUCAACUACUCCUGGACCUCCAGUGGGAAAGAUAUCAAAAACUCAGCUUCAUGGAUGCCCAGUGAAACACACAGUUCAUUCCCCUCAGAUGUGGACUCUACAGUUCAUGGUGAUGACUUCAUUAGGACAACCGAAGAAUUUCCAGAAGUUCCCACAGCUGCCAAUAGAUCUACUAAAAAUAACGACAUCCAUAUCACUGAUAAUGUGGUUAAUAAGCCCAAAGAUGGAAUGUCCUGGCCAGUGAUGGUAGCAGCUUUGCUCUUUUUCUGCCUGGUAUUUUUUGGUCUUGGAGUGAGAAAAUGGUGUCAAUACCAACAAGAAAUCAUGGAAAGACCCCCAUCUUUCAAGCCGCCUCCCCCUCCCAUCAAGUACAUUUGCAUUCAAGAAUCCAUUGGAAGUGAUCUACCCUGUCACGAGAUGGAAGCACUCCAAACCUUUGAGACUUUGCCAUACAAUGAAACUCUGCUAGAAUCCUAUUGAGAUGGUAGAUAUUUUGUUUAUUAAGUAUUUGCCCUCUAGCCAAGCCUCUUCUGUGGCUAAAAUGGAUGUCAGGAGAGAAUGACCUGUUUUCCCAGCAACUUGUCCCCUUUCAUCUGAGCAUGCCUUUACAGAAGAGUGAGGAUAUGUUAUGCUGACACCCAGUGCAAUCUGCAGGAAUGUCCUUGCUUAUGUAACAAGUGCAAAUUAGGCUACUGCCAUAAAAAAUGCUUGCAGUGUUUUAUUUUUCAUUUUAAUUAUCUGAUUGAGGUGACACCAAUGGUUUCGAGCAUAUGUCUGUAACAGAGCUUUUUCUCUUUGGGCAUCUGCCAACAUUCUAAACUAUUUGCCAAAAUCAUGCUAAUCUCUGAGGCUUUUUCUACAUUUCCUAGGAAAAUUACAAGAAGAAAAUGUGAAAGUUCUAGCAGGAGUCUUUAUAUUGAAAUUAUGUUAUUUAUUUUCAAUGCAGAAAACAGCAUAAGAACCCCAUUCCAAUCCUCCUUCACCUUUCUUCCCAGUACAUUCAGCCCAGGCUCCUGCCCUGGGGAAUAAGGAAGGUUCAAAGAGAUAACUACUCAACAACCAUGUAGCCUAAUAGAUACAAACCUGAACUGGCUUCUAAAAUUAUAUGAGCUAAGCGUGAUCUCAUUAUUGGCUUCACGUGUGUGUGUUUGUGUGUGUGUGUGUGUGUGUGUAUGUGUGUGUGUGUGAAACCAUUGGCAAACUGGUAUAUAAGUAAACAGACAGCCUAACCCUAAUCUAGCUCAUUUCAUUUCCAUUAUUCUCUUUUUCAUCUGUGGAUCUCUCUGUUCAUCCAAUGUGCCUGUUUUGAUAUGUCUUGAAACAAAUAAAGAACCUCAAAUCAGACUAGCA